GUCAUCCCAGCGGCAUUGACUCCCAGCCAUGUGGCGCAGCGGGCGUUGACAUGCCAUUGCGGAAGUCCAACUGGAACUUUCUUCAGCAGGCACACCGACAAAAGCUGAUUCGAGAGGACGAUGUGGACUCCGGAAAUUAUCAGGGAGGCCUCUCCACGCAGAAACGCUCGGAGAGGGACAAGGAGAACGAUGACACCAGGCAUGACGAAGACUUCGCGGUGCUAUGGGAUUUGAGCAGCGAGGAAGACACGCCACGGAUCAAGGUGCCACUGUCCAAGGAUGAAGCCUUGGCGGCGGUGCAGCGCAGCAAAGUGCUGAAGGGUCUCUCCAUCCAUGGCCAGGUCCGAGUGGCUGCCCUCUUGCGCCGCACUUGCUACCAGCCGGGUGAACGCUUGUGGUCAGCACAGGAGGGAGAGGUGCAGGAGAAACGUCUGGUGCUCAUCGAGCGCGGCGACGCCGAGCUGUGGCUCCCGGAGGCCGAUGGCGAGCGCUUCGUGGGACUCAUUGGACCCACCAAGGUGCUGGGUGGUCUCUUUGCAGUUGGCUCCGCCAGUAGGCAAGUCUUCUCGGCGCGGGUGCCGGAAGGCGACGACGCCAAGCCGCUGCAUGCCUGGGAGAUUGAGGCUAGCGACUUGGAGCAGUUCGAGUCCCUCUUCAACGCCGCCGACCUCUGUGCGCUGCGGCGCCGGGUGCUGCAGGAUGUGCGAAUUCAGCUGAUGCCGUAUUUGCAACGCCAGCUGGCAAGUGGCGGGGUCUUUUCGAGGUAUUCCUCACAGUUCAUCGGCCAGUUAGUGAAGGACAUGGAUCUGCGCCUCUUCGAGCCGGGACAAGUGAUCUUCAAGGAGAAAUCCUUGGGUCGCAGCAUCGGCAUCUUAGUGUCUGGCUGUGUGGACAUCAUCGCCAAUGGACGCAAGGUCAUGUCCAAGUCGGACAGCGGCCAAGAGAUCGGCGAGGCGGCCUUGUUCGAGAGCGCCUACCGCCGCCAUGCCACCACCCGAUGUUCGCAGAGCUGCGAGACGCUGAUGUUUUUGGCCAGCCGCGAUGCCUUCUACGCCUGCUUAGCCAAGUUUCCAGAAGAGAAGAUCAAGCUCUCGGUGCAGGUGCGGCACCGCAUCUCCAUGACGGUUCUGAAGGAGCCCUUCCACAUGUGCGACCCCGCCUUCCUACACCUGGUCUGCACGGAGUGCGAAGUCGUUCACCUCACCUGGCCCAAGACGGCCACGAGUCCGGAGCAGGACGAGGUGAUGCACCUCUGCUACACCGGGGAUUUGGUCGUGGAGGAGGAGAACUCUGAGGUGCCUUCGCGUUUCGCCAAGAAAUGGGAGAUUUUCGGGUUACGGGCUGCCCUGGGGCUCCGCACCGGGCCGCCGGAGUACAAACUGAUGGCCGGCCGCCAGGGCUGUACGUUGGUCAAGGUCACCUGGGAAGCCGUGCAGCAGGCCCUGUUGUUCUUCCCAAAUCAGUUGCCACGUCUGCUGCGCAUGGCUGGAUGCACGGAAAUGCCGCACAACCAUCCCUUCCGCGGAAGAGAGACGUUGGUGUGGGACAUCAUCCAGCCCUUGAUGUGUCGGGUCUUCUGUAACCUGGAGAUUGAUCACGAGUUUUGCCACGUGUUGGCACCACACUUCAAAGCCUCCGUCUACGACGCAGGGUGUUUAAUUACCCCAGAGGCGGGUCCUUCGAGAUCCCUGCUGCUGUUGGUCUCUGGCGAGAUCUGCUGGUCGCGCCAGGGAAUCGUGUCGUACGUAGCCACGGCGCCGGACUACUUCGAUGAAGCGUGUCUCUUCUCAGAACGUGGUCACUGUGCCAACAUCACGGCCAAAUCCACUGCGGUCAUUUGGCGCCUGCACGUCAACGCGCUGCAUCUUCCAGCCGACUCGCCCUACGCGGGGAGGGCGCGGCGCCUGCUGAUGGAAGUGGAAGAAUUGACGGAGGACAUUCACGGCAAGUUGCGCUCGAACAUGCGAAACAUGAAGACCUGGCGGAGGUUCAACUCAGAAGUGCUAGGUUUGCUCGGUGACAACAUCUUCCUGCGAACCUAUUUGCCUGGGCAGUGCAUCUUCAGCGAUGGCGACGCGGGGGAGUUUAUCUACAUCUUGAUGCGUGGACGUGUGGAAGUGCAAUCUCAAGGCAAGAGCAGCUUCUUGGAGGAAGGCAUCACCUUUGGCGAGAUGGUCCUCUUUGGUCAAGCGCAUCGUAGCGCCACCAUCACGGCCUGCUGUUUGUGCAUCAUCAAUGCAGUGCACAAGGACCUGGUGAGUCACGCCUUGCGGAUGCAGCCACGCAAGGCCUUCCUGGUGGACAAGCCGCAGCAGCCGCCCUCCGGCCGCGUCAAGGGCACCGAGGACAAGGCGCUGCGCCCGGCGCGGCCCCGCGAGAAGAUGAACCAAUACGCGGAAUGGCAGGCCAUCGAAGACGCCCAGCGUCAGCGCAACUUCGUCGCGGUGCCGCGGCGCUUGCAGCAACGCCUGGAGCGGAGCUUCCUGCUGCAGGGGCAAACACCACGGCUGCCGCCUGUAGAGUCUCGGUUGUACAAGGCGCCAAAGGUGACCGAGAUGAAUUUGAGAACGGCCUUUGACCAUAUGAUCCCCAGACACGUCAUUGUGGCGUCAUCCGACAUGCUAGGCAUCCGCGGGGGUUAUGUGCACAAAGUGAAACAACUGGGUUUGGACGAUUCCUUGAGUUCCUUUCGAGUGCCUCGCGCCACCUACACCGAGCCCAUCCAGCGGCGCAUGGCCGCGCAGCGCAACGCCAAGCGCAAGGCCGCGGCCGCGGCGACGGCCGCGGAGAAAGCGCCGGAGCGGCCGCAGACGUUGACAGUGCUGGGGGACUUGCAGGCCUUAGCUGCGAGUUUGUUGCGCUUGAGUUCCAAACCCAGCAUCUCCCACCUCUUAGCCACGGACCCCCACGCUCCCACCAUGCCACGGCCGCCACAACCGCGGCGCCUGCCGCGGCUCUCGGGCUACAGCCGCAGCCUGGCGCAGUCCGCGCGCGCCUACGACGGCCGCUCCUCGCGCGGCUCGAAGAUCGCGGACGUGGCGGAGGAGACCGAGACGCCGUCGCCCGUGAUCCUGAACUACAGCGACGUUUCGCCUGUGGGUAGUUCCAGCGAUCAAACCAACGAGGAUCAGCCCGACGAAGUGCCGGCAGCGAGCACCGAGCUCGCGGAGCUGAAGGCAGCGACGUGGUGUGCGCGGCGCUUGGCAUACGAGAGCUAUGAGGCACAGAUGCAACGGGCGCAGUGGCUGGCUAUUCUGUUGUCUUCUUCGGAGGAAAGUGAAGCACUGUUACAGUUGGAUGUGUACUUGGAGGACGCAGGUCUCGACGGUGUCAGCAGUGCCGGCACGGUGCAAUCCGUCAGCGUGGUGGACAGCGUGACAUUCACGCCGGAGCAGGUUUCACCCAGCAGUUCGUGCGUCCACAGCAUUUCUGCGGAAGAUGUGGUGUCGUACUUGGUGAAUCUUCAGUGAUUUUUUUAGGCCAUAGACCUGGAACGAAAAAUCGAAGUGGAAGUGGAAAGUGCGGA